UUCAGUGAGCGUGAAUGAUCUUACCUAAAAGAAAUGAGUGCAGCUAGUGCCGUGUUAAGAGUUGAAACCUGGCUUUUGGCAACAUGGCAUGUUAAAGUGCCUCCAGAGUGGCUGGAAGCUUGUGUUAACUGGGUCCAGGAAGAAAGUAAGAAUGCUAAUUUGAGUCAAGCACAAGUAAAUAAACAAGUGUUGGAGCAAUGGCUUCUUACUGACCUGAGAGACUUGGAACAUCCUCUCCUACCUGAUGACAUUUUAGAAAUUCCAAAGGGAGAACUGAAUGGAUUUUAUGCUCUACAGAUCAAUUCUUUGGUUGACGUAAGUCAGCCUGCAUAUUCCCAGAUACAGAAGCUGAGAGGAAAGACUACAACUAACGAUCAAGUUUCAGCUGAAACACAGAUUACUCUAAAACCAUGGGAAGCCAGGCCGUCAAGGAUGCUGAUGCUGCAGCUCACUGAUGGCAUCACACAGAUUCAGGGAAUGGAAUACCAGUCUAUUCCCACUCUCCACACUGGUCUUCCUCCGGGAACAAAAAUUCUGGUUCAUGGACGCAUUUUAUUCCGUCUUGGUGUUCUCUUAUUGAAACCAGAAAAUGUGAAGGUAUUAGGAGGUGAGGUAGAUAAUCUUUCAGAAGAAUACGCUCAAGAAAAAGUACUUGCAAGAUUAAUUGGUGAACUGGAUCCUACAGUUUCAGUCGUACCGAAUAAUUCUGAUCACAACAUGCCCAGAGUUCCAGGGGAUUUAGAUGCUGAUUUAGGACCUUCAGAUGAAGAACUCUUGGCAAGUCUUGAUGAAAGUGAAGAACCUGCAGCAUAUAAUAGUGCAUCCAUGGAAAGAAGAUGUUUCAGCACAGGCAGUUCCUCAAAUACUACUCCCACAGAUCAGUCUAGUUUUGAGCCAAGGUGUAAUAUUUCUUUAAGGCAAAAGGAGAAACCACCAAACCAGUGUAUGAAUUUCACUGAUGGAGAAUUUGAUGACUUUUCACUGGAAGAGGCCUUGCUUUUAGAAGAAACAGUCCAGAAAGAACAGAUGGAAUCAAAAGCAUUGCAGCCACUAACUCUGAAGAAAAACACAAAUAACAUAGAGAUAUUUUCACAUCAACCUAAUACUGAGAACCACACAGCUUUGAUUCAUAAACAAGGAAACAGCAACUGUGGUGAAAAGAAAUUAUCUGAACAGACGAUUCAUGGAGACAAUGUUUUUGCCUCUCCAUCUGCUAGAGACCAUCAUAAGAGACUCUUGGCCCAUGAUUUUACAAAUGACAGUAAGAUUUUUGAGGUAGAUAAUACAACAAAACAAACCAUCAACAGUUCAGAUGACCAUUGCCUAAGUAAUAUGUUAAACAGAAAACUGGGAACCUAUCUAUCAGAAAAGAGUUCACAAAUUUCUAAUGAAAAUGGCUCCCCUUUACAGGCUUCUUCAAGAUCAUUUGAGAAUAAUACUGAUCUAUCUAUUGGCAUGGACUUAUAUUCUCCACCCUUUAUCUAUUUGUCUGUUCUAAUGGCCAGGAAGCCAAAGGAAGUUAUCACUGUGAAAGUCAAGGCCUUUAUUGUCACUUUAACUGGCAAUCUCUCAAGUUCUGGUGGCGUUUGGUGUGUAACUGCAAAAGUUUCUGAUGGUACUGCAUAUCUAGAUGUAGAUUUUAUAGAUGAAAUACUUACCAGUAUGAUAGGAUUUUCAGUAUCAGAAAUGAAACGAUUAAAAAAGGAUCCUCCUAAAUAUAAAAAAUUCCAAGAAGGGUUACAAAAAUGUCAGCGAGAUCUGAUAGAUUUAUGUUGCCUAAUGACUAUUUCAUUUAAUCCUUCAGGUAAAGCCAUGGUAGUAGAAUUGCAAGAUGUUGGCAUGGAACACCUUGAGAACCUAAAGAGGCGUUUGAAUAAAUAAUUUACCAAAAUACUGUUGGAGUACACUUUAAAACAAAUUUGGAAUCAAAUUUCAUAUUAAAUUUCAUAUUCUUGUUUCAGGAUUCUGUAAAAGACAAGAAAGCUUCAGAGCUUAAAAAUGGGUGAGAUGUCUCAGUGGUUAAAGGGCACUCUGACAAGCUUGGUGACCUGAGUUUGAUCCCCUGGGCCCUUGUGGCUGAAGCAGAGAACCACCUCCCAGAAUCUGUUUUUCAGUCCUCUACACAUGUAGCACGGGACACACAAAUGAUAUUUUAAAAUAAAGGUGUUUAAUAAAAAUGUAUGUGUCAGGGU